UACAUAUUGUCCACAACCACAUGAUUUCUACGACAAACCUAAUCGACAAGACAUAACAUUAUUUAAAUUUAUAAAUUAUUUAUCAUUUAUAAAUAGAAAGACCAAGGCCAAUAAUUCACUAUAACCAUAAGCUAAGUCCCAAACCGCCAUGACCACCGUGCUUGAGACCUGCGGUAUCCCUCCUCCGCCGGGCGCCGCCGCCGAGCUGACGCUGCCGCUCACCUUCCUCGACAUGUUCUGGCUCCAUUUCCAGCCGAUCCGCCGCCUCAUCUUCUACAACCACCCGUGCUCGGAGGCAGAGUUCUCCAACACCGUCGUUCCCAACCUCAAACACUCUCUCUCUCUAACCCUCAAACACUAUCUCCCAGUCGCCGGAAAUCUCCUCUACCCUCUCGACGCCGAAAAAUCUCAGCCCGUAAUCCGCUACGUCUCCGGCGACUCCGUCCCGCUCACCGUCGCCAUCUCCGGCCACGACUUCGACGAGCUCGUCGGAAGCCAUGCUAGAGAAUCCGAUCAGUUCUACGACUUCCUGCCACCAAUGCCGCCGUGGACAGAGGAGGAAAAUUACAAAAUUACCCCUCUCACCGCCCUGCAGGCAACGCUUUUUCCCGGCCGUGGAAUUUGUAUCGGUUUGAGCAAUCACCACUGUCUCGGGGACGCGAGAUCGGUCGUCGGAUUCAUAUCGGCGUGGGCCGAAAUCUAUAAAUGCGGCGACGACGAGAACUUUCUGUCGAGAAACGCCGAGUCUCUGCCGUUAAUUUUCGACAGAUCAGUUUUCGGAGAUAUUGGUGAAACUACGGAGAAGUACUGGAACAGAAAGAGGAAUAUUCCGUUAGCGCCGUUGUCUCCUCCGUUACCGACGAACAGGGUUAGGGCCGCAUUCACCCUCCAUCAAUCCGACAUUAAAAAGCUCAAGAAUUUAGUCAUGUCCAAGAAUCCCGAGCUAGUUUACAUCUCUUCUUUCGUCGUCACGGCGGCGUAUACCUGGAGCUGCCUGGUGAGAUCCGCCGCUCCUGCCGCCGGUGAAAACUACCCGGAGGUGUUCAUUUUUCCGGUCGACGGCAGGGGGCGGCCGAACGCUCUAGUCGAGCCGCCGGUGCCGGUCAAUUACUUCGGGAAUUGCUUGAGCGCCGGGGCGGUGAAGCUGGAGCAUGACAAGGUGGCGGCGGACGGCGGAUUUGUGGUGGCGGCGGAGGCCAUUGCUGAUCACAUCAAGAACUACGUAAACAAUAAAGAGAAUUUUUUUAAAGAUUUGGACAAUUGGUUGUCGGAAUUGCCGAAAUUGGCGGCGAUGAGUGCAUUUAAAGUUUCCGGUUCGCCUAAAUUCGAUUUGUCGGAUGCCAAUUUUGGGUGGGGGAAGGGGCGGAGAUUGGAGGUUUUGACGAUCGAUAAGGAGAAGUAUUCGAUGUCGUUGUGUAAAUCGUCGGAUUCCGGCGGCGGUUUGGUGGUCGGAAUGUCGCUGCCUAGAGAGAGAAUGGAGGCUUUCGCAGCUCUCUUUGAAGAUGGCCUUAAAAUUAAUUGAGCUGAGUGUUUAAUUGUUGUAUUUUUUAAUUUAUUUUUUACGUAUCAUUUUAUUUGGCUUAGUUUCUCCUAUUAUUUAAAAUAGUCAAAUUGUAGUAUAAAGGUAUGUAGAUGCAUAUUUAUUGUGUGUUUUUAGGUUUUGGUAAGUGGUCUAAUAAUUAAUUUACAAUAA